AAUAAAAGCGAACGGAGAGGCACUCUUGUUAAUACUCUAAACCAUUCAGAACUAUUCUUCUACCACCGCUAGCGUCAACUCCAAGUCGCCAUCUUCUGCCAACCAUGACCCCCAUCGAAGCUAAACCAGAUCAGACAGAGACGAAUAUUAAGCCUCAACCCCUGUCGUUUUCAUUGCUCCCAGACGAAAUCUUAGAGAACAUACUUGCCCGUCUCUCCAAGUGGACUUACCCUAAUCUCUCUCUCGUCUCCAAGAGAUUCCUCUCCCUCCUCUCUUCUCCCGAACUCUACACUACGCGUUCUCACAUCGGAACCACCGAACCAUGCCUCUAUUUUUGCAUAGACGAAUCGCCAAGUAUACCACAUCCCAGAUGGUUUACUCUUUGGAUGAAACCUGCCGAUGAAACCCUAGAUGACGACGAUGAGAUUCUUGAAGACUAUUCGUUGGUUUCGGUACCUUCUUCUCCCCAUCCUCAACACGUACCAUAUUUUUCCACCGUAGCUGUUGGUUCGGACAUCUACUUAAUCGGUGGAGCCUACGAGCCGUCUUCACGUGUUCGUAUCUUUGAUUGUCGGAGUCACAAGUGGCGCGACGGUCCAAACAUGUUGGUGGCCCGUGAGGAGGCUUAUGCGUUUUACAUCGAUGGGAAAAUAUAUGUAAUGGAAGAUGAUCGGAAAGACGAUAAUUGGAUGGAAGUGUUGGACAUAAAGACUCAAACUUGGAGUCCCUUGCUGAGCCAUGGAGCUACUGAGUUUCGUGACGAUUGGUUUCUAACGAAUGUGUAUCGAGGAAAGAUAUACGUAAUUGCUGAGAAGGAGAAUUUUGCUUAUGACCCAAAAGAAGGGACAUGGGAAAUUGUGGAAACGCACGACUGUUAUGGACAAAUAGAUGUUUGGUGUGCGAUUGAGGAUGUAAUGUUUUGUUUUACGAACUCUGGUCAUUGCAUGUGGUAUGACACUAAGAGUGGAGAGUGGAGAGAGGUUAAGGGUUCGGAUAUGGAAGUACUGCGUAAUAUAAGCGAGUAUAGCUUAGCAUGGGGGUGUGUUGUUGAAAUUUUUAACCAUGGUGGGAAACUACUAGUUAUUUGGACCCCCAGGUCGGAGGAAUACAAGACAACGGGGAAAAGGAGAAUUUCGUGUGCGAAUAUCGCAUUUGAGAAGCGCCUUGACGGUGAGAUUUGGGGUAAGAUGGAGUGGGUUAAUGAAGUACUUACGGUCACCAAGCCGUAUAAGUUCUUGAGUUGUUUAGUCAUUGCAAUUUGAGGAUUACUAAAAAGAUGGAAUACUAAUUGAACAAUAUGGUGACACCUUGGUGGAAUCACAUUAAUUGUUUCAGUUUAUUUGAACAACCUGUUUUGUUCUUUGAAAGAAGCUCUAUUUCUUUUUGUAAUCUAUCAGUAUCAUGAAACUCUUUUGAGAGAUCCAUUAUUCUGUACACAUUGUUAUAUUGAAUUAGGAAUCAUAUAAACACAGGGUGU